ACGGAUUUCCAAGUCGACCACGACAGUGAGCGCAGUUGUUAGUGCCACGUUUGCCAGAUCUUCUACUACUCACUAUAGGCGACAACGAGCAUGAUUCUGGGAGGGUCGAACGGUACUCCGUGGUUCAGGGCAUCGAAGCUGGAAAUGCUCACACAAAAUGCCUGCGACCCGACACUCCCUGAGCCCAACUACGCUGUCCAUCUUGAGAUCGCCGAAUUAAUCAACACCAAGAAAGCUAAUACCCCACGAGAAGCAGCGAUGCUCAUAGCACGUCUAACAAACCACCGGAACCCACAUAUUGCUAUUCUCGCACUAGCACUUCUCGACACCCUCGUACAAUCGUGUGGCUACCCGUUUCAUCUCCAGAUUUCAACCAAAGAAUUUUUGAACGAGCUUGUCCGUCGAUUCCCUGAACGUCCACCUCCUUUUCCUGGACCAGUCAUGUCAAGGAUCCUAGAGCUCAUCCAUCGAUGGAAGGAGGGUAUAUGUACUGAUUCGCGCUGGAAGGAGGACUUAGGGAAUAUCAAGGAUAUGCAUAGGCUUCUGACGUUCAAAGGGUACCGCUUUAGGGAGCUGCCUCGCCGCGCGGAGGCCCCCGCGGCGAUGGAUAUCAAAUCUGCUGACGAACUUGAGUCGGAAGACCGAGAAGCACAGUCUGCUAAACUUCAGGAACUCAUCCGGAGAGGCACCCCGCGCGACCUGGCAGUUGCGCAAGAACUCAUGAAGUCCCUCUCAGGCGCAAACCCCGAUGCAAAGCCCGACUACCGCUCUCAAGCCAUGACGGAGCUCAAUAAGCUCGAGAGUAAGGUUAUCCUGCUCAACGAGAUGCUCGAUAACGUCGACACUGCGCAAGGGGAGAAAUUCGCCUCGGGAGACGCGUAUGACCAAGUCGCGUCGAUAUUGAAGUCCGCUCGUCCGAAGAUCCAGAAAUGGGUCUCUGAUGCAGAAACAGACGAUCCAGAAUCCUUAGACGCCUUUCUGCAAAUCAACGAUCAAAUUAACAACGUCAUCACACGCUUCGAGGCCUUCAAGAAAGGCGAUUACAGCGUAUCAGCCAACCCCAUCCCCGCUGAACUCGAAACAUCCCUUAUCAGUUUUGAUGACAGUUCACAUUCCUCAUCACAUGUCGCACCAGUAGAUGAUCUAGCUAGCUUAUUCACCUCGCCGCCACAGACCCAAUCUUACGCCCGACAAUCAAGUGCUAGCGCAAUGUUCGCUUCGCAACCCAGCGCGUCCCUGAUGAACAAUGCUUCUACCUCGAGGUCAUCACCCGUUCCAAACACCACCUCACCACAACCACAGUUCGGAUCUAUCAUGCUCGCACCUACCCCACCACGGGUGACGUCGCCGAGUUAUCUCGGCAACAACGGGGGUGUGAGCAUCCCUCCGAAUUCAAGCUUGUCGGGAAUGGGUCCGCCAGGAUUAGGUAUAAGUAUAGGGUCAUCAGCGGCAGGCAUGGGUGUGGCCCAGGGUGGAGUCCCCAUUCAUAUGAAUACACCUGGAUCAAGGGCAAGCAUGGGUGCGAUGAUGGGACAGAAGCAGCCAACCUCGACGCAACCGACGCAGCAGGGGAAGGACCCAUUUGCAGAUCUGGCGGGGCUGUUUUAGGUAUCGUGUUGUGCUGUAGGUGAUGUGAUCAAUCAGGGAUAGGUAUAUCGUAUAUCGUGAUGGAAUACGGAUUUUGUGCGGAUUUGGAUCGUAUCGUUCUCGGAA